AACAAGUUUUUAAACAAGCCUUUAGUUGUACAGAAGGGCUGGAUUUGGUUUAGAGGAUGGGCUCUUUAGGGCGAGGCAACCUUUAUUAGAAUGACACUCAGCAGAUCAUUCAUUCUCCUGCGACACACAGGGAAACUUCAUCGUUCCUGUUGAAUACUCGAGCUUGUGAAAAUGGAGGCUUUGUCUGCAGCAAACACUCAGUUCUCCCUCAACCUGUUCAAGAAGAUCAGUGGAAAAAACGCAUCAGGAAAUGUGUUCUACUCUCCUGUCAGCAUCUCCUCGGCUCUGGCCAUGGUGUCGCUCGGUGCAAGAGGAAACACAGCAGCUCAGAUGAUUCAGGUCUUGGGAUUUAACAAUCCUCCCAAACCUGGUGCCGCGACUCCAGCACCUCAUCAACCAACCCAGAUAACAUGUGGUGUCAAGGGUCACCAUGAACCAUCAAUGAUGCAACAAACCCAGAAACCUCAGAUACCUGCUGAACUCAAAGUUUUGAAAUGUCCUGCUCGGCCGGUACCUGGAGAAAAAACUGAGGACCAAAUUCAUUUGAGCUUCCACAAGUUUAUGAGUGAGCUGAACAAACCAGGAGUCCCGUAUGUGUUGAGUGUUGCCAACCGCCUCUACGGAGAGCAAUCCUACCAGUUUGUUGAGAAAUUCCUCAGUGACACAAAAAGAUACUAUGAAGCUGGACUGGAGAAGGUGGACUUCAAGACCAAAUCAGAGGCUGCUCGUGUCAACAUCAACAAAUGGGUGGAGAAAAAAACACAAGAGAAGAUCAAGGACUUGCUGCCAGAGGAAGCUGUUGAUGCGAUGACGAGACUGGUCUUGGUGAACGCCAUCUACUUCAAGGGAAACUGGGAGAAGAAAUUCCCAAAGGAAGCCACCAGAGAUGGGCAGUUUAAACUGAACAAGAAUCAAACUAAACCAGUGAAAAUGAUGCAACAAAAGUCGAAGUUUCCCCUGGCCUUCAUCCCAGAGAUUAACAGUCAGGUUCUGGAGCUGCCGUAUGUCGGGAAGAAUCUCAGUAUGUUGAUCAUCCUUCCUAACGAGAUGGAAGAUGACACCACUGGCCUUCAGAAGCUUGAAAAGGCACUGACCUACGAGAAGCUCAUGGAGUGGACCAAACCAGAAGUCAUGCAUCAAAAAGAAGUUCAAGUAUCUCUGCCCAGAUUCAAGAUGGAGGAAAAAUACGACAUGAAGAAACUUCUGAUCAGCAUGGGAAUGGAGGAUGUUUUUGGAAAUGCAGACCUUUCAGGCAUGUCCUCCAGCAAUGACCUGGUGCUGUCGAAGGUGUUUCAUAAAGCCUUUGUUGAAGUCAAUGAGGAAGGAACUGAAGCGGCUGCAGCCACCGCAGCCGUCGUGAUGACACGGUGUUUGAUCAUCCCACAGUUCUUCAACGCAGACCAUCCAUUCCUUUUCUUCAUCCGACACAAUCCAACCAAGAGCAUUUUGUUUUACGGACGCUUCUGCUCUCCAUGAGCGAGUCCUGCUGCAUGAGACUCUUCCUGCUAGUUUAGGUGGAGAUCUGGUGCGAAUGAGGAGGAGAGACUCUGGAAAAAAAAACUAAAAAAAACUAAAAAUUAAAAAUUUAUAGACAUAAAAUGACAAUGUAAACAACAAAAUUACAAACACUUUAAAAUUAAAAUGAAAAACAAUAUGAUAAAAAGGAAAUCAAUGAUAAUAAAGUGUUUUUGAUUGAAGAAAUGAA